AUGGCCAGAAAAACGUUUAAAACAAUAGAGUCCAACGUAGAUGCCGGCACACACGACGACCGUCUUUAUAACAAGGCUUUUGAAGGCUGGAGAGCCAGUCUAAGAGGUCUUUUAAUACCUCUUAUUCGUCACGAAACACUCAUCUUGGCUUCUUUACAAAAAAAUAUACGUACACCUGGAUUAGAUCAGUAUUUUGUAUGGACAGCCAACUUGGGCACACAUACUUUUUUCAUGGUAUUUUUACCUAUUUUAAUCUGGUUUGGCAAUGUAGAAUUAGGCAGAAAUGUUGCUUUCCUGACAGCGUCCGGUGUAUUUUGGUCGGGAUUUGUCAAGGACUUCCUCUGUCUGCCUCGACCUCUCUCUCCACCUGUUCAUCGAUUGACCAUGUCACCUUCUGUGGCACUAGAAUAUGGGUUUCCUUCUACACAUUCAACCAAUUCAAUCUCAGUGGCUCUUUUUCUCAUCUCGAUUGCAUGUGAAAAACUUUCCCCUGAAUCACCCGCCCGAUUGAUCACUGUCAUUGCCUGUACUUUUUAUGCUGUCAGCGUUGUGUUUGGUCGUAUUUAUUGUGGCAUGCAUACCAUCACAGACUGUAUUGGUGGUUCCAUUUUAGCUUACAUUGUGUACUGGUUUCAAUGGACAUUUAAAGAACAAUUUGAUGCUUUGUUUACAAAUGAUUCUUAUUGGAUCUUUUUAGGUAUUCCCAUCUGCUUAAUGCUUGUUUCUAUUCAUGUAUGCUUUAUGGGUGUCUUGAUUGGAUUAAUGCCAGGUAGUUGGUUGUGUAACCGAACAAAUGCUUGUUACACUGGCUUGUCUUCUUCUGUCCUUUCAACACAAAUGGGCUUUGUUGCUGCUCUUGUGUUGUUACUCAAACUAGUGGUAGGUGUUGCAUGUUUGUUUUUAUGGCGCAUUGCGUGUAAAAAAGUCUGCUAUUCUAUCCUGCCACCUAUCUAUCGUGUCUUUAACCUUCCCCACCGUAAAUUCGAAAUCGGUGCUAGGUAA